AUGGGACCAUCUAAAGCGAGCUCCCCCACCGGAGAUCGUCACGCCGAGGUUGCUAAACUACGAGAGAGAGUGAAUGACCUCGAGCGCGAGCGCGAGCGCCUGAUACAUUCGACGAGGAAGGCUGAGAACAUGGUCGACAAAAAUUACCUGCUCACUCAGCAGUAUUUCAGCAUGAUCAAGAACAAAGAGUACAAGAACGACAAGCAAGACACCGAGGUAGCUCAGCUGCUUCGAGAGGCAAAGGCGAAGGCUGAGAGAGCAGAGGAGAAUGCGAACGUGCAAGUCCGAACCCUGCAAGCCAAGCUGGAUGAGAUGUCCAAGCGUGCUCUGGAGGCAGAUAAUGCUCUCAAAGACGAGAAACACCAGCGCGAGACCGACGGGAUUCGAUUCAGAACAGAAGUGGACAAGAACAGUGAGCGUGUCAAGGAAAACCAGAUGCUCAAAUAG